GCCUUUGAUGACAAGAUUGUUGGAGGUUACACCUGCACCCCGAACUCCGUUCCCUACCAGGUGUCCCUGAACUCCGGGAAUCACUUCUGUGGGGGGACCCUGAUAAGUAGCCUGUGGGUGAUCUCUGCUGCUCAAUGCUACAAAUCGAGCUUUCGGGUCAGACUAGGUGAAUACAGCCUUUCCUUGAAUGAGGUCACCGAGCAGUUCAUCUACUCCACCAAGGUCAUCAUACAUGAAGACUACAACUCCUCAACUCUGGAAAAUGAUGUCAUGUUGGUCAAACUCUCCAGGGCAGCCUUUUACGAUGGCUAUGUCCAUGCCGCACGUCUGCCCAUUGGCUGCGCUGCCACCGGUACCAACUGUCUGAUCUCCGGAUGGGGCAACACUCUGAGCAGCAGAACUAAUUAUCCAGAUCUUCUGCAAUGUUUGAAUGCCCCAAUUUUGUCCACUAGCGAGUGCCAAAACUCUUACCCCGGUGAAAUCGCUGAAAAUGUGUUCUGUGCUGGCUAUCUGGCCGCUGGAAAAGACUCCUGCCUGGGUGACUGCGGUGGCCCCAUGGUAUGUAAUGGAGAGCUCCAGGGUAUUGUCUCCCGGAGAUAUGGCUGUGCUCAGAAGAACUGCCCCGGUGUCUACACCAAGGUUUGUGAAUACACCGACUGGAUCCACAGCAUUGUAUCUGACGACUAA